GUAGGACCGGCACAACACUACGUCUACGCUUUCGGAAGAGGAGGCAUCUAUCUGUGAAGCAGAUAUUAUUUGCCAGUUGACGACCCUGUUAGCUGUAAUCUUAUCGGAAAACAUUCUAUCUACGCGAAAUACACACCUAGCUCAAUAAUGGACGACUGGGACGAUAAUGACUCUACGCCAGUAAGUACUGGAGAGUAUACUGACGAGGGACGCAGCUAUGGCAAGGGUCGUGGUUUCAAACCACGAAGUAAUAACGGUGAAUGGGGAGGAGAAAGCACCAAUGGAUUUGACAAUGGAGGGGAACAUGAGGACUCGGACAGACGUGGUGGUCGAGGUGGAGGCAGAGGACGUGGGGGUGGAAGAGGCGGUGGUGCUUACAGAGGAGGCCGUGAUGGUGGAAGUAGAUAUGGAGAUGGGGAUGAUGACAAUAAUGGUGACGAUGGAGGAUCCCGCAGAGGAAGAGGUGGUUACAGAGGUGGUCGCGGUGGAAGUAGAUAUGCCGAUGCAGAUGAGGAUGCUAAUGGUGAGGAUGGAGGAUCUCGCAGAGGAAGAGGGGGUGGGAGAGGUGGAGGUCGAGGUGGUAGGAGAGAUGACGACAAUGGUGGGGGCAGUGGCGGAGAAGAAAAUGGAGACAAACCAGCACCUGUUGUCUAUAUUCCGCCGGAACCAUCAAAUGAAGACGCAGACAUUUUUGGUACUGGCGUAGAGAUGGGGAUAAAUUUUGAUGCGUACGACAAGAUUGAAGUAAGCGUUAGUGGUGAAAAUGCACCACAACCUAUAAACACUUUCGACGAAGCUGGCCUGAGAAGCCUUCUAUUAGAGAACAUCAGAAAAUCAGGAUAUACAAAGCCUACGCCUAUUCAAAAGUAUGCGAUACCAAUAGUCAUGCAAAAUCGAGAUUUAAUGGCCUGUGCUCAAACUGGUUCUGGAAAAACUGCCGCAUUUAUGGUACCAAUUGUGAACACACUAUUGAACGAGCCGAAAGAAUUGGUGGUUGAUAACUUCCAUUGUGAACCACAAGCUGUCAUAGUCGCGCCUACACGUGAGCUUGCUACGCAAAUCUUCGAUCAAGCGAGAAAGUUUGCAAAAGAUUCCAUUCUGAGGUGUGUCAAUAUUUAUGGAGGGACUGCAACCAGUCACCAGAGAAGCCAAGUGCUCCGUGGCUGCCACAUAUUGGUUGCGACAACCGGUCGACUAAUGGAUUUCGUCCAACGAGGAUGCGUGAAGUUCAAUUCUGUGCGCUUCUUUGUUCUCGAUGAAGCUGACCGGAUGUUAGACAUGGGUUUUAUAGGAGACAUAGAAAAGAUUCUGGAUGACGAAUCUAUGGUAAAAGGAAAAGAUCGACAAACUUUGAUGUUUUCUGCUACAUUCCCUGCCGCGAUCCAAGAAUUAGCUGGCCGAUUCAUGGAUAACUAUUUGUUCCUUGCUGUCGGGAUAAUUGGUGGAGCCUGCCAAGAUGUCGAGCAGAACUUUUACGAGGUUAGCAAGUUUAAGAAACGAGAAAAAUUGAGGGAAACCUUGGAAGCCGAGAAAGAUAAAGGCGAGAUUCAACGUACACUAGUAUUUGUUGAAAUGAAACGUACGGCAGAUUUCAUUGCUGCAUUUCUAUCAGACAACAAUUAUCCAACGACUUCUAUUCAUGGUGACCGUGAGCAGCGGGAGAGAGAGGAUGCACUUCGUGAUUUUAAAUCUGGAAAAAUGCCGAUUCUAGUUGCAACGGCCGUUGCUGCCAGAGGUCUUGAUAUCAAAGGUGUGGCCCACGUCAUUAACUUUGACAUGCCCAAGGAAAUUGAUGAGUACGUUCACCGUAUUGGUCGUACUGGGCGUGUUGGCAAUCGCGGCCGUGCAACGAGUUUCUUUGACUCGGAAACAGAUUCAGGGAUCGUAGUUGAUCUAGUCAAGAUUUUGAAGCAGGCUAACCAAUCAAUUCCAGCGUGGCUCGAAUCUGGUGGUGGAGGGGGCAGCUAUGCUCCAGGCAGAUCCAGCAAGUUUGGUGGCAGAGACGUUCGCAGAUUUGAAAAUGAUGGUGGAGAGGGGGACUCAUACCCAGAGAGCGCUUACGCUUCAGCUCCCGCCGAAGCUGAAGAAGCAUGGUAGUGAUACAUACCAAGUGAUACAUACCAAGUGAUACCAGGAAUGUAACAUAUAUUCCACAUUUAGAUCUAGCCAAUAAGUCUAAUUAGGUAUAAGCGAUCUGAGCAAAGACUAAAUGUAAAGCUAUAAACACUUAGCUUUACGUGACAAGUGGAUGGGUGCUAGGCACUAAAUUUACCAUUAAACGUACAAAGAUAGUAUUUUAAGAUGUUACGUUAGUAAGCGAGUCUGGAUUUGACCGGCUAAAGAUUGAUAAACACAUUUUUUUGAUUUGGGCUGUAUACAUCUGAAAAAAAAAAAUUUAUUCAAGGGUCUCGUGUCACCACAAACGAUUAAUAUUCUCUUAGUUUUAUUAUAACAUAUUGACUCAUUACAAAAUUUCAUUUUAAAAUGAGAGUUAUCUGGUGUUCAGUUAAAUAGAGUCAGUAAAAAUCUGGCGACACAUGAACAAUUUGAAUAAAUUUCUUUCCGUGGUGUAUUAUAACCUCUUCGCGUUGACAAAAAAUAUUGUU